AGGCAGCGCGGUUGGCGGCGGUGCCAGCGCAGCUGGUGGUGGGCGUGAUAGAGGAGGCGCGGCGGCGCCAGCAGGCGGCGGAUGAGGCGCUGCUGGAGGAGCGCCUCAGGCUCGCGCAGGGGGAGCACGAACGCGCAGUGCUGGAGCUGCAGCAGCGCAUACAGGGCACAGAGGCGCGCGUGGAGGUGCUGAGGGCAGCGCGGGAGAGGGAGAGGAAGCAGCUGCAGGCGGAGGCAGAGUGCGUCAAGCAGGACUUGAGUGCCCGCCACGAGAGGGCCAUGCAGGACAAGGAGGAAGAAGGAGCAGCGAUGGCAGCAGAGGCGGGGGUGGUGGCGGAGGCGAGAGCAGUGGCAGGCAUGGCUGCUGCAGAGGCGCAGCACACACACGAGGUGGAGCGACUCAAGCUGCAGCUGGCAGCUCUGCACGAGGCCUUUCGCACGCGGUCAGAGGAGGAGAGGAAGCGACACGCCGGGCACUCCCUUGCCAUGCUGUGCUUUGCUCUAGAAGACGCUGCUUUGAACGGCACCCCUCUCGCCGUGCCGCCCACAUGCCUCCAACCCGCCUCCCUCCCCCUCUCACACUCCACCCAACAAGCCACUGAUGCACCCACAACAAGUGAUAGCUUCACCAGCACCAGCAGCAGCGCAGAUGAACACGCACACGCAGGAGUGGUGGCAGCAGAGGCACCAGCAGCAGAUGCUCUCGUGGAUGCUGUGUUGGCCUCGCUGCCGCCCCCUGCUGCUGACCACGGCGUGCCCACGCCAGCUCAGCUGCGGCAGCAGCUGACUGCGUUGCGACUGUCGCUGAGUCAGCUGGGGCUCAUGCCACCUCAGGGCGCGGGGGUGGUGGCUCAUGCCUUGGCGUUUCUGGCAGCGAUGAUCAAGCUGCCUGAAACGGGCACAGAGCUGCCGGGAGGAGGGGUGGAGGCAGCAGUGGCUCGGGCCGAAGCUCUGAUGCAGGCUGGGCAGCUGCAGGCAGCGGCAGAGGCAUUGGAGGGGGCGCUUGCAGGGACUAAGGCGGAGGAGUUGGGUGGGGAGUGGGCGCAGAAGGCCAGGGAUAGAGCGGUGCUGGAGCAAGCCGUUGCUGUGAUGCGUGCUCAUGCUGCCACUGUGGCUCUCUCGCUUUCCUGA